AUGAUAUCACAGCGGGAACGAGGAGAACUGGCUCGAUUUUACACCGUCACUGAUCCCAAAAAGCACAAGAAGGGCUACACAGUGUAUAAAGUCACUGCCAGGAUUAUCUCGAGAAAGAACCCAGAAGACGUACAGGAGAUUACAGUUUGGAAGAGGUAUAGUGACUUUAAGAAGCUGCACAGUGAUCUCUGGCAGAUCCACAAAAACCUCUGCAGACAGUCGGAGCUCUUCCCUCCUUUUGCCAAAGCCAAAGUUUUCGGCAGGUUUGAUAAGUCUGUGGUUGAGGAGAGGAGGCAGUGUUCUGAAGAUCUGCUACAGUUUAGUGCUAAUAUUCCAGCUCUUUACGCCAGUCAGUACAUACAGGACUUCUUUAAGGACGGCGAGGUACAGGACGGGUCCGAGCUCAUCGGUCCAGCCGAACCUUUCUCCGACUUCUUAGCCGACAGUCAAUCAGACAGCAGCUCUGAAGUUCAUAAAAGCAUCGGUGGUGUCGAUGAUUUGACCCUGACCAGCCAGUCUGAAUAUGGAGGUCUGCCCAGUGAAGGUGAUCUGAUCUCUCUGCUGGACGGAGACUCCCUGCUCGAUUUGGAUGAUGGAAUGGCCUCAGGCUGUAGUUCUCCAAACCAGCGGGCAGAAAGCAGCGGGUGCUCCGUGUCUCCCAACAGGACAGAGCUAGAUCCAAGCCGAGCUAGAAGCGUGGCGCCCUUCUCCUCUAACCUCUACAAGAAAGACUACCUGGGAAAAGCUAGUGAGCAAAUUGGUCUGGCCGUGAAGAAAGAGGUGGAGCAGGACUACGCUGCUGCCUUCUCUUACUACCGCAGUGGAGUGGAUUUACUACUGCAGGGAGUCCAAGGUGAGGUGAGUCCAAGCAGGAGAGAGGCCGUGAAAAAGAAGACGUCUGAAUAUCUGAUGCGUGCUGAGCUCAUUGCUAACAUACAUCUGAAAGAGAACAUGGGUCAGAACUCCACUCAGAACCGGACGCUGGCAGCUCAGUGUUGUAAAGGCUCGUGGGGGCAGCAGACUCCAGUUGAUGAAUUGCACAACUACAGAGUGUUAGGAGUCAUAGACAAGGUGCUGCUGGUGAUGGAUAAGAGAACACAGGAGAUGUUUGUUCUCAAGGGAUUGAGGAAGAGUAGUGAGUGUGGACGGGUGAAGAAGACAAUCGUCCCGGACGCCGUCCCCAACAUGGUGCGACUUAGGAAAUCCAUCAUUUCGGAGGACUCCGUCUUUCUGUUGCUGCACUAUGCUGAGGGAGGCAAAUUAUGGUCACACAUUACCAAGUACCUUCAUGAGGGAAGUCCGAAUGAGAGCUUUGACAUUUCCUUCAUCCAGAAGUCCCACACGGCAGUAGUGCACAGUUCUGAGCCCCUAAACAGCUCAGAAAGCAGCGGUUCGAGGCCCAGCAUUGAGCUUCAGGAAGACCAAGAGUCAGAGGAGCCCCAGUCAGGUCCUCCUGUGCUGAGGAAAACCAGCCAAGAGGCUCUCCUGCCUGGCUCAGUCGGUAACUCAGAGGAAGAACAGUGCACAACCAGCUAUUUGACUCUGUGCCAUGAAUAUGAGCAGGAAAAAGUAGAGCCUGAGGUUCUGGGUGAGGAAGAGGAUGUCAAAGAGGCAGAGGAAGAUUCUUGCGACCUUGGAGGUGAAAGUUCUGGAGCGGAAGCAAUGGCAAGGUCCUACCGAGGCUCGUUAAUAAGCAGCGAUAGUUUGUGUUCUCCAGUGGCUGCGCAUGAACUGAGGUUCUUUACUGAAGAGGAAGAACUUACUGAUCCACCAACUCUUGACUCUCUGGACCAAUCAAAACGCUCACCAAUGUCACUUUUUCGGAUCGACAGCAAGGACAGCUGUGACAUCUCCCGAGUGCUGUUCUCCACCUCAGAUCUGGGAUCAGAAGUGACCGAGGUUACUGAGGAUCCUUUAGAGAUUGGCGAGGUUGUGGAAGUCAAGGGUCACCUGAGUGACCUGUGGCGGUUUGAUAGCGAUCAGGGUUCUAAUGAAUCGGUGCCUGUGAUUUCUUUUAAAGAGGCCUUGGCAGAGGACGCUAACACUUGCUGUGCUGAUGAGGGGCAACCUCCUGAUCUUUUGGUCAACCUUCCAGGGGUCGGAGGAGCCUCUGGGGCUGUAGGGGAAGACUUGGAAGAGGAGCUUACUGCUGCUGGUGUGGCAUUUGCCGUAGAAGCCAAGCCCUCGCCACAGUUUGGCAAACCAGACGUUCUUCAGCUCGGAGAGGAGGCAGGCUUGAACUUGUCAGUUGAGGAAGAUAACUCGAUCUUGUCUGUCUUGUGUAGCCAAACGAAUGAAUCUGAACAGAAAGGCUACAUUUUCUCCAUUGACAAUCAAACCGUAUCUCAGAAACUUUCCCCUCCCCUGGACUUCAUCUCAUGCAGGAAGGAGUCUAACCCAAAUCCACAACCCUCUACAGGGUCAGAGACUGCAGAGUUAACUAAGAAGGAAGGGAAGACUGUUUCAGAGAUAUUCAGAGAGCUGGACGAGCUGGCAGAGGUGGCGCUGAACACACGCCUGCCCGAGGCCCUGGUAAGAAGCUGGGCAGUGGACAUUGUACUUGCUCUUGAAGCGCUUCAUCAGGAGGGCAUCAUCUGCAGGGACCUCAAUCCCAACAAUAUACUACUGGAUCACAGAGGUCAUGUGGAGUUGACUUAUUUUUGCAGCUGGACUGAUGUGGAGGAGUCAUGUGAUCCUGCCGCCAUUGCUAAGAUGUACUGCGCUCCAGAGGUGGGCGGGAUCUUGGAGGAGACGGCAGCCUGUGAUUGGUGGAGUUUGGGGGCACUUCUCUAUGAGCUUCUAACAGGAAAGUCACUUCACCAGUGCCACCCCGCUGGUAUCAGCAGACACACGUCUCUGAACGUUCCUGAUUUUGUGUCGGAGGAGGCCAGGUCUCUGCUGGAGCAGUUGCUCCAGUACAACCCUGUAGAAAGACUGGGUGCGGGAGUGGGUGGAGUGGAGGAUAUAAAAUCGCACCCCUUCUUUGCUCAAAUGAACUGGCCUAAAUAAACACAUCAAUCUUCUAAUGGAGCGACUGAUCUGAGAGCUGAGUUUGUCUCAAACACUCCCUGUGUGUCUGUGUGAGAAGAAGAACCAGACUUUCUGACUUCAUCUUGACCAGCUACAUACCAGACGUCUUCUGUGCACCCAGUCUAAACUUACACUCUGCAAUAUACAGGAUGAACCAGGAAGUGGUUUUUCACAAUGACUAACUAAUGUGCUGCACCAGAACCACUGUGCACUGUGAAUCCUUGUUUCACUAACAUCACUAACACUUCACAUCAAGCCCCAGAGCUUCACACUGUCCAGCAUGUUCCCAAGAACUUCAUUAACCCCAAAAUCAAACCCAUCGAUGCAAAUAGGAGAACUGAAUGUUUUGGAGGAUUGGCUACAUCUUGGGUAACGGACAAAUUUGCUAUUCAAACUGUUCUAUCAUAAAAUCACUUUAUUAUAAAGAAUUAUAACAGUUAAUUUAAUAAGGAUUCAGUAGGAGUAAGAAGUCAUGUCAGUUUGUUAGUUGUUUUGAUAAAAAUCUAUUUAUUUGUCCCACAAAAGUGGUUAAGAGCAGUACUAUCUACUACAAGCAUGACCUGAAGAACAUUGGGACCCAACAACGCAGUUUAAGAUGAAUUGCUGAGGUUAUUACAGUGAGUGAACUAAAGUCGUGCGUCAGGAAAUGACUGUGCAAUGUUACACUUGAUGUCCUUAAAUAGUUACUAAAAUGAUUAGAUAUAUGUGUAUUUAUUUGGCACUAGAACAAGGCCAAUUUGUUUGUAAUGAUCAGAACUGGAUGAAGAAUCAAGCUCAGACCCUGAACUGUUACACGUUUGACCCUUAUCCACUCUGUCUCUGCACUCAUACAAGAAAUGGAUUUCAGGAUGAGUAAUUGAAAUGUAAUCCUUAAAGUCUAAAGAUUAGUUUUAAAAUCCUAAAUCCUAAAAGAUAUUCGAGUGCUGCUUGGGAGUAAAUUGAGGACAUGGUCUCUGGUUACAAGCUUCUGAACUUGGAAGCUGAAGUUUGAUAAAGUGGAAGCAGUAAAACUUUCUAGAAUCAAAAUACUGUAGGCAGAAGAGUGUUAAAGUCUGAGUCUGUCACCAAAACCUCAUUUUAUUUAAUUCUAUCACAUACAAGGAAUAAAACCUUAUCAGAAUUAUAACUACUGUUAAUAUUUUUUUCAAUAUUGUUUUCUUUAAGCUGAUUGGAAAGCUUUUUGUAUCAGUUGUAACAACAUAUGACUCUUUAAAAUAAAAUGAUUCAAAUGUUCAGUCAAAAAUGACACCUACUGGCCAAUCAGAACUGAGAAUUCAUCAGCGUAUUUUUAUAAGCAAUAAUCAAGUCUUUUACUCGCUUCAUUUGUAUUAAAGAACACAAAAGCAAAAAAUAAAUAAUACACUCUUUCUUAAAAUAUUUUAAACAAGUAGAAAAGGAUAAACACUGUAGUUUUAGUAACACUGUGUAGUUGUGAGUAGCAGUAGAAUUGAGUGGAAAGAACCAUCAAUACCCACAACUUUCAGAUAAAUCUCUAUUUCCAUAUCACAGUUACCAAACUGUAUCAUUAAAUAGCCCACAACUCAGAAUCUAUUUUACUAAAUCAAUCUUUCUUAAAGGUUACAUUAAAUAAGUCAAACAAAUAAUAAGGCUAACAGUUAAGAAUUUACUCUGAUAUGAAACUACUGUAGGUUUUCUCAAGACCUUUCAACCUAAAAACCUAAACCUAACCUCUUUUUGAAAGUGUUGUUCUUUUGUUUACUGUUUUUUCAGCCAUAUAGUAUUAUAUAACUGAUAUCAAAGUAAAUCACUAAAUACAAAAUGUUCUACAACACAACUAUGUACAAAAAAUCCUAAGUUAAGAUCACAAUUUGCUUUAUGCUCUACAGUAUCACUAGAGUGCAAAACGCACAACAUUUCUUUAGAUUAAUUAACUCGUUAUGAUUUCAGUUGUGAGUGGUGAGCCUGUUACUUAAUCUGAAAAUUAAGCUUUUAAUAAAUUAUAAAACGUUAAUGGUUCUUGGUGGUAUGCUGGAUAUAAAUGUAAAAAGUUUAUGGUUUACACUUGUAUCAGACGUCCUCUAAACCUUGCAGGAGUGUAAUUAUGUAAGAAAAGUGUAAGUGUGUGAGAUAGAGAGACUGAAAAUUCUUUGUACGACAUGAUGUUUACUUGUUGUGUAUAUAGAGGAACUAGUGUAAAAUGUACUGAAUAUUUAACAAUAACAUGCCAUUGUCUUUUGAAUAAAAUAAAAAUACAGAA